AGGACAGUGUCCCCGCCCCCUCCCGGUCAGUGAGUGGGCGGAGGCGGGAGGUUUGAGCCGGUGGAUGUUAGCCUCACCCCCCGCGGCCCCGGCCCCGGCCCCAGGCUCGGGCCUGGCCUCUCCGCCCUGGAAGCUGCUGUCCGGACAGUUACGGCAGGCCUCAGCCUCGGGCCCGGGCCGGUGGGUAUUGAGGCGGGAGGCGAGCGGCCGGCCCCCGCUGGAGCUGGGCCUGGUGUGGAUGCAGGGCACGGUGCAGGAGGUCAGGCCCGAGGAUCACAUCAGUCUCCGUCUGCUCGACCCGAGCGGCACCUUCACCGUCACCGGGGCGGACCGUGUCCCCAAGGGGAGGCCGUGCAUCGCCGCAGGAAAGUAUGUGAUGGUGAUGGGAGUGAUCCAAUCAUGCAGUCCUGAGCCUGUAAUACGGGCUGUGAAGUUGACUGACCUCUCUGGUAAUGCUUUGCACAGGAGCAUGUGGCCGCUUGAAGUGGAGGAUCUUCAACAAAACAUCCCAUAGGCCUGUGCAAGCAGACACCACCUCAUUGACUUUGCAUCAAUUUGAAAUGCAAAAGAAUGUGAUCGAGAACAGAGUAAGGAAAUUGCAAUCUUCAAAAAGACUCCAAAACACAAAACUAAUCAGUGCCUUUAUGGGCAAAUAUUUAAAAAAACCCGAUGUUUUCUGGCCCACAUAUUUAUAGUUUGUUUUACUGUGAAGGCUUUGUAUCAUCUAAAUGUUUGGAUCCAGAUGAUAAAUGACAGGACAUUUCAACUCAGAUGUUGAUGACCAUAGGGAAAUAACUGAUGGUGUGUCAUUGUGGAGUAAAUGCUAAAAGUUGCUGUCAGUCUAGCCUAAACAGUUUCUCGAUAACUUAGUUUCUUGGAAUUGGAUCAUAACCUCAACUGUUCUUCAUAAUUUCUAUUUUACUUAUAAAGUUAUUGUCAGGGCUUUAUUUUGCCAACUGAAAGAGGAAGAGAAGCUUUCGUUCACUAUACUUCCCACAUGUUGGUUAAAGCACUGUAGUUUUUCCGGGGGGGGUGCUGUCUGAACUAGGACGCUUGAUUAUUGUGUCCAAAGUUUAAAUAAAAUGUACUAUGUAAGCUAAA